AGAGGAUUUAUCUUCAGUAACUAUACCGAUUUUUUGUGUAUUGGCAAGUCAGUUACAUCUUCGAAAUCUAAGAGAACGCUUUAACAUUUGACUUGGAGACUCGACUGCCAAACCUGUAAUCAUGUCUGAGAGGAAGGCCGUCAUCAAGAAUGCCGACAUGUCAGAAGAGAUGCAGCAGGAUGCUGUAGACUGCGCGACCCAGGCCCUUGAGAAGUACAACAUUGAGAAGGACAUUGCCGCCUUCAUCAAGAAGGAAUUUGACAAAAAGUACAACCCAACCUGGCACGCAAUUGUUGGCCGAAACUUCGGCAGCUACGUCACCCACGAGACCAAGCAUUUCAUCUAUUUCUACCUGGGACAAGUCGCUAUCCUGCUUUUCAAGUCUGGUUGAAGAAUGAACUUUCUAUGGUGCUCCAAAGUUACAUUUUUAUGGUGCUCCAUACUUGCCAGAAACCAGAACUUUUUAUACCACUGCCAGUUAUAAAGCAUUUUUAAAGCAGCAUUACUUAACAAUCAGUCUAGUCGGUAAUGUCUUGCAGGAUUCCACUAGUCAAAAUUUUGAUACUGGCAUUUAUUUGAUUUUGCCAAUGGACACUAGGCACAACAGACUUGUAAUCUUGUGGAGAAAAAUUGGAUCUGAUUUUCAUCAUGAAUUCACACAACCGCUAAAAAACCAUUAUGAUUUAUACAUGAUUGUGAUAUUUCUGUUUAUUUAUUGUUUUGUAUUAAAGACCAAUAAAAGAAACUAAAAUUUGUAAAA